AGACGCUCUGCACACACACGACAUCAUAGUCUGUAGCGCCGAGAACACAACAACACACUCUUCCUAGCAACCCUGAGAGUUCCAUUCCUCCCAACACGCUGCCUCACACUGUAAUCUCUUGGUGUGCUACCUGUUGAGACUUCUACAGUGUCGAAUGUCUGUCUCCUUAGGUCCCUGGCCACACUAGCAAGAAGACACAUACAGAACAAGAUAAACUGUGGUGCUUCCUUCUUUCUUUCAACCUCAACUCACAAAGAGCUGAAAGAACAAAGUAAACCAGACUCUAUCUUGUUUGAUUCAAUACCAGGUACUGUUGUUUGCUGCCAGAGAAAACCAGCUUCUUUGUCCAUAUUCGGCUUUCCUCACUGCAACCACAUUGUUGACACAGAUAAAGCAAUUCUGCAGAUAUUAACCUGUUCAUAUCUUUGUCCCAACCAAUACCCACUGCAGGGCACACUCCCCACGGAGAGCAUAACUACCAGCUAAGGCGCCAUGGACCAAAAGUGUAUAGGUCACGAACUAUCACGUGAGUGCCAGCCGUCACGCAGUGAAUGUCUGCAAAGCAGACCAGAAACACAGAGGGGAAAAGAAACCACGCUAGACGAGAAUACAGACCUGUGCGAUGUCUGUCGUGAGGGGGUCCGUCUCUCAGACCUGACACAGUACUUCCAUCGUGCAUUUUCGACAGUCACUUCCGCGACACCGUUCAUCUCCAUGGCUGAGGUGGCAGGUGUUUUCAGCUCCAACAACCCCGGAGUCAAGAAGUGCACGUAUGAGGGGUCGCUGGUGCGUCGGUUCAUUAGUUGCGGCGUUGGCGUCGGCCUUGUCACCACCGAAUCUAUCCCUGCUGGUAGUGUGGUGUUUGCGGAAGAUGUGGCUUGGACUACGGAGGAGGAGUCCUCAAGGUGCCAGACGCCGAGGGAGAUGAAUGCUAUGCUUGGGGCGAAGGUGAGGGCCAUGGGGGGUGAGUGGCUGAGGAAGUUCCUUACUCUGCCGAGCUCGCUAAAGCAGGAUUUGGGGGUGUUUGCGGGGAUUUGGGAUUUGUAUCAGUUGCCGAUUGUCAUGAAUGGGGUGAGGGCUGGGAUUGUGGGGGUGAAUCUCGCGUCGGUCAAUCAUGCUUGUGUGCCGAAUUGCGCGUUGACGAUCAUCAAUAAGUAUCCGAAGGAUGAAAAUGGAAAUAAUGACAUGAGGGAGAGUCCAAUGAUUGGAAGGGCUAUUAUGCGCGCUCUCAGGUAUAUCCAGAAGGAUGAGGAGAUCACUGUCGCGUACUUCUAUGGAAAGGGACAACAGAAGGCGAGGGAGUUGUUCUCGUGGACAGAGUUCGGCUUCUUCUGCUCGUGCAAAGAGUGCGUGCAGCCCAAGGAUGUGAUCGAGAUUGCCAUGGAUAAGUAUUGGAAGGUUGAGCGCAUCUUGAACCACCCCGACACUGUCGACUUGUAUCCUGCGAUGGCUUUCAAGUCCGCACAUGAAGUGAUCGGCAGGCUUCUUUCGUGCGAGAUCCGCGAUGCUCGUGUUGCGAUGAUUUGGGCCAAAUGUGCCAUGAUCGCUGGUUACCAUUCUGAUAUAGCGCGUGCUAUGUGUUUCCUCGCCAAGGCAUACCGAAUGUUGGCUAUUCUCGAGGGUAGUACGGGGGUCUUCUAUCGACAGAUCCUCAUAUGGUACGAAACACCCACGGCGAUGCCAGGGUUUGGAGCUACCACACGGGGACUUUCCACCGCUACCGAAGGCCGAUACAUGCUCGAUGAACGCGACGUCAAGGAGAAGCUGUUCAUGACGGCAGCAAAGUCGGACGAGUACAUUCGCAUACACCGAUACCACCGCUUAUCUGACGCUAUGGCCAAACAGAAAGGCAGUAGGUACCUGCUUUUACCCGAGAAGCCCACCAAGCCAAAGGUGGCACCGGAAUUGCUUGAACCAGGUGUCUCGAAAUCAGCACACAUGCCAAAGCACGGAUAUGGGCCGAUUGCGCCAGAGAGGGUUCACCGGAGCGGCAGGGGCACAUCCAAUCUGAGACGGGGUAAGGAUGGACCCAGGGAAAAUACUUCGAAGGGGAAGCCUCAAGUGUCCAAGGGCCAUAGUCAAGCAUCUACCCAGGAAUCGUCGUCAGGCGAAGUCUGCACUGAUCCGGACUGGGAUAUGUUGGAUCUUGUACGAGAGCUCAUGGCUGACAAUCCCGAUCUAUUUCCAGAUUAUCCUUCUCCUACUAUUUCUGAGGCAUCCAAGAAGAAAAGAGCAAGAAGAAAAAGAGCAAGAAGGGGAAGGGCUCGGCUGAAUUGGGAGGAUAUACUCAAAGUAACCCAAUCGUGAAGGAGCUUGAGGCGGAAAAGAAGGUGGUGAUGGUUAAGGAAGCCGGCGUUCGCUGUGCCGAGGAGGUUCCGGAUUCCAAUUAAAUAGUUGGACCCGAGAGUGACAGACGAUGGCCAUUGCUCAUCUCUCUUUGGAGUUCAGGUGAAGUUGGUGGAAGGACAUU